CACCAAUGAGCGCGCACUCGGGGAGCUGCCUCAUCAGCUCGUGAGGCUCGUAACUCGUCACCGUCACGAAACAAAACGAUCAACAACGACGCACGCACGCACGCGCACACAGCCAGCCAGCCCCGCUACAGCGAUGAAGAACAAGGCAGAGUCCAGCGAAUCCGAAGCGAGUCGUAAGCGCGCCCGCUUGCUCGCAUCCAGCAGCACGACGACGACGACGACGACGACGACGGACAGGAUAAGCCUCUCUAGACCUCAUCCGGAUGGAUCGCAUCUCGCUUGGCCCGUUCCGCAGUCGGAUCUGGAACGCGCACGAGCAUUCAUCAAGCGCAUGGCUGAUUGCGCCAUGGCAGAGGAUGAGAGAGGGAGAGAGGCUGAGAGGGAGGGAGAGAGGGAGAGGGGAGAGAGGGAGAGGGACAGUCGAGAGUCGCUUGGGAGCGCGGGCGCGAGCACACCUACCAUCCUCAUCGUGCCGGACAAGGAUGCGGAUGGGCUUGCAUCAGGUUGCAUACUUCACCGCACGCUCCUAGCCAUGGGCGUGCCCGCAUCGCGCAUCGCCAUCCACCACGUAUCCAGAGCAGGUCAUCCGGGCACCUCGCAAGAGAGGCGCGCCAUGUCGGAAAAGAGGGCGCGAUGGAUCGUCGUUCUUGAUCAAGGCAGCAGAGCGGGAGAUGAGCUGGUGGAUGGUAGCGCGGCAGGUUGGCAGUGGGAGGAGCGCAUCGAUGCGCAAGAGCAAAACGAGCGAGAUCGUCGACAAGGUCGCGCGCGGUGCGCCGUAUUCGACCAUCAUCAUCUGGGCGAAGGAGGAGCAGGAGCAGGAGGAGGUCCAAAGGGAAGCCUGAUGAUCAAUGCCUCUUCCUACGAGCCGGUGGCCACAUCUGCUCUGCUCACUUGGGUCAUUUGUCGACCACUGUGGUACGCUCUGCAAGACUGCUGCACGGAGGAGCGCAUCGUCAGGUCGAUCGACUGGUUGGCAGUGCUGGGCACGUGCGGAGACUUGUCCGUAAAUGUAAAGUGGGAUGCUCCCUUUCCCGCACUCGACGCGCUGCUGUCCCGCUACGGCAAGAAGCGCGUAGGGGACACGAUAUCCGCCAUCAACGCUCCGCGUCGAACGCCCUCCUUCAACGUCUCUGCAGCUUACGCCGCUCUCUUCGAAGCGAGCGACCUGACGGGCGUGCUAGCGAGUCCCCACGCGGAGCACUUGCACCGAUGCCGUCGUGCCGUAGCGCAAGAGACGGAGAGGUGCACGCACACUGCGCCGAAAUUCUCCAAAGAUGGUCGCGUAGCGCUGCUGUUCAUCCACUCGGCCUACCAAGUGCAUCCCAGCAUCGCCACGCGCUGGUCCGGCACGCUAAAGGGUGCAAAGAAGCUGCAAGCGGUAUAUUGCGCAAAUACGGGCUACUACUCCAAUCAAGAUAGGCUGGUGCAUUUUAGCGGGCGCAUCGCCAAAGCAGCCAAAGAUCGCGGCGAAGAACCGUCGCUGAUCGAGCUUUUGCACUCGUACGCGUCGCUGGACCACACUUUCCUACCGGAUCUCUGCAAGCACUACGACGUGCCCUCCGCCUCCCACCUAUCCUUUGCCCGCGGUCACAAGCAGGCAUCAGGAGGCAUUCUUCCCCACGCAUUCUGGCACCGCUUCGUCAAGCUGAUGCAGAUCGGCGAAAAGCCCGAAGCCAAAGAGUCGCCAAAAAGGGAGGCGAACAAGCAGAAAAACAAGCUGACGAAUUACUUCGGGGCGCAGCAGACGUAA